AUGACCGUUGCACUUAGGAUGCUUGGUUAUGGAGUAACAGCUGAUUUUUUGGAUGAAUAUGUGAGAAUAGCCGAAAGCACUGCAAUGAUGAGUCUGAAAAAAUUUGUUGCAGCAGUGGUUGCUAUUUUCUUAGAGCAAUACUUGAGGUCACCAAACAAUGAAGACAUUGCUAAAUUGUUAGCCCAUGGCCAAAACCGUGGAUUUCCAGGCAUGUUGGGAAGUAUUGAUUGCAUGCAUUGGAAGUGGAAAAAUUGUCCAACUGCAUGGAAAUGGAUGUAUUGUGGUCAUCGGUCUCAUUUAUUUUCUGAGCUUGCACAAGGACGUGCUCCUGUAGUUAAUUACUCAAUCAAUGGUCAUGAUUACACAAUGAGAUAUUAUCUUGCCGAUGACAUAUAUCCAAAAUGGUCAACAUUUGUGAAGACAAUCCCAUCUCCACUAGGAGAUAAAAGAAAAUUAUUUGCAAAAGCUCAGGAGGCAUAUAGGAAGGAUGUAGAGCGCGCAUUUGGAGUACUUCAAACACGAUUUGCAAUUGUACGUGGACCUGCACGGUUUUUCUAUCAUGAAACAUUACAAGACAUUAUGAAAGCAUGCGUGAUUCUUCAUAACAUGAUUAUUGAAGAUGAGCGAGAUGAAGCUGAAGCAAUGGACUUCAAUUAUGAACAAAUUGAUGAGAUUUCAUGUACACUAAUGGCACAUGAGUCGACAAAUAAAUUUACGGAGUUCAUUCAAGUUCAUCAACGCAUUAGGAAUAAAGAAGUUCAUUCUUAA